GGCCACUCGUCCUGUUGAUAUCACCCAGUCAACAUGAAGCCCUUGAGAGCGCUGAGCGUGCUGCUGCUGGUGUGGCAGAGCCGAGCUGAGUACAGCAGUGAAGCCUCCAGCGGCGGUAUUCAGGCCGGCGGAGACCUCAGCGCUCCUGUGGGCGGAUCUUACGGCGACGAUCAGCGAGACUUCAGUGGGGGCGGUGGCAGCCACCUUGGUGGUGACUCCUUCGUGGGUGCUCAGAGCCACUUAAUCGCCGGAGGAGGACAGGGGGGAUUUACCAGUGGAGGUGGUGGAGGUGGACUACAUGGGGAUGACUCCUAUGGCGGUGCUGGGAGUGGCUCUCUAGGUGGCUUCAUUGGAGGCGGUGGGAGGCAUCUUGGUGGUGACUCCUACGGGGGUAGUCAAAGUGGUUUUGUAGGCAGUGGUGGACAGGAUGGAUUUAUCAGUAGUGGUGGUGGCCACCACGGGCAGGAAGGCCAUGUUAGUAGUGGUGGACAUAUUAGUGGUGGCCAUGUUAGUGGUAGCCAUGUUAGUGGUGGCCAUGUUAGUGGUGGUGGCCAUGUUAGUGGUGGCCAUGUUAGUGGUGGCCAUGUUAGUGGUGGCCAUGUUAGUGGUGGUGGCCAUGUUAGUGCUGGCCAUGUUAGUGGUGGUGGCCAUGUUAAUGCUGGCCAUGUUAGUGCUGGCCCUGAUAGUGCUGGCCAUGUUAGUGGUGGUGGCCAUGUUAGUGGUGGCCCUGUUAGUGCUGGCCGUGCUAGUAGUGGCCAUGUUAGUGCUGGCCAUGCUAGUGGCGGCCAUGUUAGUGGUGGCCAUGUUAGUGGUGGUUCUGGGAGUAGUUUUGGACCUAGUGGAGGGCUCCAGGGCAGGUACUCAGCAGCAAGGACAGACAGCGGUAAGGGUACUGCAACCUCGUAUGCUUACUUCCGCCUGGGUGCUCCUCUCAGUGCAGGACUAACUCAAGGUUUUCAGGGCUCCAAGGGAAGCCCCCUUGGGGGACGGUCUCGUGGCGGCUCUACCGGUGUUUAUAGCUCCGUCGACUCCUUCAGCAGUGGAGGCAUAACUAGCGACGGGGGAUCUUUCGGCGGUGCUGACACGACUUCAAUAGGAGGUCAUGGCUCUGGUGCUUCCUUCGGUAGCGACAUCGGCGCAUCCAGCGGUGGCUACGACUCCUCCGGCUCCUCCAGCAGUGGCGGGUUCGGUGGAUCUCGCGGAAAUCUCGGAUUAGUCGCUUCCUCCAGCGACGAUUUCGCUGGUUCCGAAGGCACUUACGGAUCCGAUGAUUCCUUCAGUAGCGUUGGAUCCGGUGACUCUCUCGACUUCGGGUCUGGUAGUUCCUCCAGGAGCUCAUUUGGAGGCUACGUGUAUUGAAGAUGAUUAAUUGUUAUUCAUAAUGUAAAUUUUCGUAUUAAUGUAUAUGUAAUGUGCGUCAAUGUUCCAUAUUGUUUUUUUAUAUUAUAAGUAGCAAUUGCCUCUAUUGUAAAAUUAUUUUCUUACUGUUUUGAAACAAAUAAAAAUUGCAUUUAUGGAU